CGUCACGUGUGCGCCACGCUGUAACGUGUAGAGAGCAUCAUUCCAGCGGAGUAUUUUUGUUUUUCUGGUGCGGUGAUAAAGGACUCUGCGGUUCGUUUUCACAGCGACAUGAGCGAGCAGUCAUCGGUCAUCUCGGCUGAUGACAGCGGGAAAACUGAAGCUCCGGACCGGCAGGAGAAGAACAGCAGCGGCCAGGGGAGCGGGGACUGUAACGGAGAAGACCCAAACUUAUCCAAGAGGCAAAAGAAGAAGCUUCUGAAGCAGCAGAAAUGGGAGGACGAACGGGAUCUGCGAAAGCAGAGAAGAAAGGACAGGAAGCUGCAGCGCCGGCAGCAGAGACAGAGUCAACCGGAGCAGGAGACAGGAGACUGUCAGAGUGCCAGGAAACGUCCACGUCGAGACGUGACGCCCAGCUCUCUGAGGCUCGUGGUGGACUGCGGCUUCGACAGCCUCAUGCUCGUCAAGGAUGUUCGGAAACUUCACAAACAGAUUCAGAGGUGCUACGCCGAGAACAGACGAGCCUCCCAUCCUGUGCAGUUUUAUCUCACGAGCAUGGGCGGACAGCUGAAACAGAGCAUGGACGAGAAGGACAAAGGAUGGGUAAACUGGAAGGACAUUACCAUUAAAACAGAACAUUACAGUGAGGUUUUGGCCAAGGAUGAGCUGGUCUACCUAACCUCGGACUCUCCCAACGUGCUGGACGAACUGGACCAACAGAAGGCUUAUGUGAUCGGAGGCCUGGUGGACCACAACCAUCACAAGGGGAUUACCUACGAGAGGGCGAAGGAGCUUGGGAUUGAACACGCACAGCUUCCUCUCAGCAGUUUUGUUAAAAUGAACAGUCGGAAAGUUCUAGCAGUCAACCAUGUGUUUGAGAUCAUCCUGGCAUAUCUGGAGAAGGGCAGCUGGCAGGAAGCUUUCUUCACCAUCCUGCCUCAGAGAAAAGGAGCUGUGGCCGUCAACCAGGAUGGAGAAAACACUCCAGAAAAAGACGAGGACCACGAUUCCCAUUCUGAUUCUGACCCAGACACAACGGAGCCAACGGAGACUAGAGAUUAAUGUAUCGGACAAAUGGACUUGAAUAAUGAGAAAACCUAAAAAUUAUUUUUUUUUAAUGAAAAUUUAUGUUCCAAACUUCUUGUGUUUUACUG